AUGCAGCCCAGUGUGUUUGGGCUGCAGCUGGACCGUGGUCACGUCUGUGACAUCACUUCCUGUCUGACCUCCACUGCCUCCGCCUCCUCCUACACAAAGAGGAACGGCCAAACGUCCUUUCUUUCUAGGCCUCUGGCAGGAGAGCAGAAAGGCACAGGAUCAUGGCAAAUGCAGUUGAAUGCUGGCGUCAGAGAAGAUGGAGCUGACGGCGCUCUGGGAGCGGGUGUGGCUCGAGGCCAGCUCGGACACGCCGCUGUCUGA